GCAUCAUGGGGAGGCUCAGCUUUACUGUCAAGGAGGCAUCGCAAGCUUCUUCGUGGCAUCCAUAGGGCCACUUCUGUUGCAUGGAAUCCUCAUAAGAUGCUUAUGGCGGGAAUCCAGUGUUGUGCACUUCUGGUCAAAGAUAGUUCUGACUUGCUUAAGAGGUGCUACUCUGCCAAUGCCUCAUAUCUGUUCCAGCAAGACAAAUUUUAUGACAUCAGCUAUGACACAGGUGAUAAAUCCAUUCAGUGUAGCAGAAGAGCAGAUGCAUUUAAAUUCUGGAUGACAUGGAAAGCUCUGGGGACAACUGGCCUUGAGGAGAGAGUAAACAGAGCCCUUGCUCUAGUCAGGUAUGAACUUUCAUUGAUAAUAAGGAGGGAUUAAUUUUCCUUACCUUUUCAGCCAGAAUAUGCAAAUGUUUGUUUCUGGUAUAUUCCACCUGGCCUGAGAAAGAUGGAGAAAGGACAUGAAUUCUGGGAAAAGCUCAGUAGUGUAGCACCCAUCAUUAAAGAAAGAAUGAUGAAAAAGGGUAGCAUGAUGCUGGGUUAUCAACCUCAUCGUGGAAAAGUUAAUUUCUUCCGCCAGGUCAUCAUUAAUCCCCAGGUGAUCCGUGAAGACAUGGACUUCCUACUUGAUGAGAUUGAUUCACUUGGAAAAGACUUGUAGCUGAUACCCCCCAACAAUAGCAGAAGCUUCUGUGUGUAGAGUUUAUAGAUUAAAUAAGUUAAUGAUAUAAUAUUAUUAGACCUUAUGAUCCAUAUAAAAAUGCUCAGAUAUGUAUGUAGACUUUUUAUACCCAGUAUAUGUUUAAAAUUUAAAUUAAAGGAAAUGUUAUAAUGAUGGGAUGAUAUAUAAAUCACAACCCUUUAGAAAAAAAUAAAGUGUUAUAUGAACAAUAGUAUAUGUCAACUUCACAUUUCCUGAAUACAUUCAUGUUUUUGAAUAAAGAUUCAAAUAGAUCCAUAUUGUAUAUUAUAAAAUAUCUAUCUUUGGACAAUUAAUUUCAUAUAACAGAUUUUUCCAUUGAUAAAUUGGGAUUACCACUUCUCUUAUUCCAUGCAGUAUGGCUAAAAGUUGGGAUGGCUGGGAAUUAUCCUCCAUCUGGAGAACAUGGGUGAGGUAAACUGAUUUAUAAUGUCUGAAUCAUGUUUUCAAUGCUAAAAUAUAAGCAGGCAUUUUAGAAGCAUAUUUAAGUUUUAAAAAAGUUUGUGUGUAUGUUUUUACAUAUAAAUUUUAGUGUUUUUUUAAUGUAGUAUGGCUAUUUAAAGUAAGGUUUUUGGCACUGAUUCAGCAUCACUUAUAAAAGCCAUCAGCAUUCAUCUAUCUAACUAUAAACUUGUUAAAGAAUAUACUAACAGCAAUAUAAUUAUGCAGUCAUUUGAAAUAUGCUGUAAUAGUCAAAUACAGACAUAGUUAAAUGAUAUUGUGAAGAUGGAAAGGCCUAUAAUAUUUCCCACUAUUUAUUUGUGUAUUGCAGUACAUAUUAACAAAACUGAUCUUAUUUUUUUAUUUAUUAAUAUAUGGAUUCUACUAUAGUUCUUAAUUUAAAUGAUAACAUUACAUUUGAAGCAUAAUAUUUAAUUUAGUAAAGCCCCGUGUUGUUUCUUUCUGCUUUUAUGGUUACAAAAAUCUGUAGAUAAAACAGUGUAAGAGAUACUCCUUGUAGUAGCAUAUUUAGUUUAGCAAGUAGACAUUUCCUAUAUUUUUAGAAAAUUAAUAUAAAUGCUUUAUAAUAAAUACUUUAUCAAAAAGUCCCUGAUUAUUCGUCCUUCUACAGCACUACCAACAAAAGCAAUGAACUAUUAGAAACACAAGGCGUUACCAUAGCACACCAACCAACUAAAUCCAUUGAAAAUAUAAUACCAUGUUUCUCAAAAAAAUAAGCUCUACCCCAAAAAUAAUCCCUAGAAAAGAUCGUCAUCAGCUGGGGGCAUGGCCAGCAGAGGAGUCAGCAAGUACACAGGGGCUGAUGGUGUAUGGCAGCAGCCUUGGGCAAGUAGGGAGAUGGGACGGAGUGGACAGGCACGACAGAUCUGUAAAUCACCCAAGAGCAGAAAAUAAAACACUUCCAAAAACAAAAAUAACUAAAGUGAGGGUGUUAUACCUUCACCAGGCCCUCUGGGGUAUGUGUUUGUGGUAUGGUGCAUACCAUGUUGUUCUGAUAACUUCGCUAAAGAAACAUUUGCAAAGGAAAAAAUGGCAGCCUGAACUCAUCCAUGCUGCAUAGAGUGGAAAAAAGUCUUGCUAGAAAAGAAAAGAAACCUCAGCAGAGAAACUCCACAAACAUACAUACACAAACAUACACACAUGCAUGCACAAACACAUUUCACAAGGCAUCAGGACAUUUUCAUGCCCACAAAGUAUGCUUUAAAUUUUUUUUUGUUAAAAUCAUAACAUAACAUAAUCCUUUUGAUCAUACACUGCUACUCCUUUCUCCUACCUAAAUGGUAGGUAAUUGGGCAACUAAAGAAGACUUACGACCACAAUUGAGCCCAAAAUUUCUG